GUUACAGUUUCCUUCCAGGACAGACUCAGGCUUCUAUUUUCUUCACUAGGCGAAAACGCGGGGGACGUUGCGCUCCAUGGAAGAAGGGGAACGCAGACUUUUCAUGCUUCUUACAAAAUAGGAAGUAGUAGAAUUGACAGUAAAUCCAGACGGUCGUUUCUGUUAUAUGGAAACGUAUUUCGACGACAGUAUAAUCAAAACGAGUAUCAUGCCUUGCCAUAACCAGCAGCCAAACAAUGUCAACCAAGACCAUGCUGUCAUGAAGCAGGUUCGGUUUGCGAACAGCGCCAGCAUCUCCGCAGUUUCGAAUAGCGGAGCCGAGGAAGCCAAGGAAGCGUGUGGAAACGAGCACGUUGAAGACCAAGUGCAACUUGGACCGCAGUUGAAACUGUUACCCCUGAAUGACCAAAUACGAGAAUUGCAGACCAUCAUAAGAGACAUAAAAACCAGCAGAGGGGAUUUUGUGUUUUGUGCGGACAGACUGAUCAGACUCGUGGUUGAGCAAGGACUCAAUCAGCUGCCGUAUUCAGAGUGCACCGUGAUCACUCCCACAGGGCACAAGUAUGAAGGUGUCAAGUUUGAGAAGGGCAACUGUGGAGUCAGCAUCAUGCGGAGUGGCGAGGCCAUGGAGCAAGGACUAAGGGACUGCUGCAGGUCUAUCCGCAUUGGAAAGAUCCUCAUUCAGAGUGAUGAGGACACCCAGAAGGCUAAAGUCUAUUAUGCCAAAUUCCCCCCCGAUAUCUACAGAAGGAAGGUUUUGCUCAUGUAUCCCAUCCUGAGCACAGGUAAUACAGUGAUCGAGGCCGUCAAGGUGCUGAUCGAACACGGCCUCCUGCCCAAACACAUCAUCCUCCUCAGCCUCUUCUCAACCCCUCACGGCGCCAAAUCAAUCAUCCAGGAGUUCCCUGACAUUACCAUCUUGACGACUGAGGUGCACCCCGUGGCCCCGACACACUUUGGACAGAAGUACUUUGGGACAGACUAGCCUGCCUUCAAAGAACCCUGAUCGAUGCCAUACCGUGACAGCCGUUAAGUGUGAUUUGUCUUUCCAUUCUGUGUUAAGAGCAGCUUUUGAGGACCCCUGCUGUAGAAUCCUGCUCUAGCCUCUGCGUACGCCUUACCUAAUGUUCCACACUGACACUGACAUUUCCCCGAAACAACAUAGCAACAAAGCACAUUCCAUACAGGUCUUAUAGGAAAUGGUGUGCUUGCAUGUAUUGCUGAUUCAUUCAAGUCAGCAAUACUAAAAAAAAAAAAAAAAAAAAA